AUGUGCCCGGAAGAGAAGAAGGACCUGGUGAAGAGACGCGAAGUCCUGGAGAAACUUACCGCUAUGAAUCUUUUGGUGGCAUUUGCUGUUGCCCUUAAGCACAAGCUGCGCUUCGAACCAUACACGUGCUACGAGGACAUCUCGAGUCUCAUUUCGCACCUGGAUACCUUUGCCAAGGUGGCCACCGAGGAGGACCCGAAAAUGCGCACCGGACCUUCAAGCGCCCGAGUUUCUUCAAGAGCGUGGGCGAGUACCUGGGGUGUCGUUUGCAGAAAGCAACCCACGCAAGUCCCAAGAAGGCUGCCGUCCCCCCCUGGGCAACCUCCCCUCGAGAUUCUGUCGUACCUUGCCUCCUUCACCGACGAGCUCGCCCUCAGCGGCCGCCUGCCCGUCACCAUGCACCAGACCAUGGCCUACAACAACAUCAUGUCGCUCAACGACGUGCAAUGGGCACGGAAAGAGUGCUCACCACGCCGCUCCCCAUUGCCUACUCGAUCGCCAUCGCCCAAAUCACAUGGGUGUACAUCCUGCUGCCUUCCAGCUCGUCAAGGUGCUGGGUGGAUCACGAUUCCGCUACAGUUGCCGCGGCGUAUAUCAUCCUGGGCAUUCUGUUCAUCGGUCGCGAAAUCGAAAACCCUUUUGGCCAGGACGUCCAACGACCUACCCCUCGAGGCCUAUGCUGCUCAGGUGGCCGCCGAGAUGGACGUGAUCGCCAGCCGUCCCGUCCGCCCCAGCUACAGUGGAUAG